AAGAAACCAUUUAUACUGCAUGUUUCAUAGGAUAAAAUUUCUUUUGAAGAAGUGACUCUAACUGAAAUGAAGUAUUUGAGAUCAUUUCUCAGUAAGACUAACUAUGAUUCUAAGAUUCAAAAGAUUAUCCUCCACUGAAAUAAAAUUUCUCAAACUUACCAGGUAACCAAGCACCUAUGGAAAGAGUAUUUUCUUAAUUAAAAAUAAUAGAGUCGAAUUUUCCUCGCAGCGGCCGCCUACUGACUGUAGCUCGCAGAGCUCCAGCAAAGAAGAAUGGGGGCGUCAGUAAGGAGGUUUCUGUACCAUGGCUCGUAGACUGCCUGCAAAUCGACCGGUGGUAAAGCACCGAGGAAGCAACUGGCUACAAAAGCCGCUGGCAAGAGUGCGCCCUCUACUGGAAGGUGAAGAAACCUUAUCAUUACAAGCCCCGUAUCGUGGCACUCCGCAAAAUCAGUCAGAAACCCCCGAAAUUCUCAUCUGCAAACUUCCUUUCCAACGUCUGGAGAGAGAAAUUGCUCAGGACUGCAAAACAGAUCUGCGCUUCCAGAGCGUGGCUUUUCAGGAUGCAAGGGAGGCCUACCUGGUGGGCCUCUUUGAAGAUACCAACCUGUGUGCUAUCUAUGCCAAACAUGUAAGUAACAAUUAUGCCAAAAGCCAUCCAGCCAGCAUGCCGCAUACGUGGCGAACGUGCUUAAGCAUCCACACUGAUGGAAAACAUUUCACUCUUUUAAAAAAAAAUGGAUUGGAAACGGAAAAAUAGGAAAGAGAUAUCAAGUAUUGGCAGU